AUGCCCUACAUCUGGGUGAUGCCCUAUCAAAUGCAGCCAGUUGGCGGAGAAGCCGUCGUCACCCGCACUGUUCGUCGGAUUCCGCCGGGAGCAAUUGACCCAACUGUUAAGAACUUGCAAUGGGGUGACUUGAUCAGAGGUCUCUUGGAAGCUCAGGAUCGCGGCUCACAAUACCCAUUCCUGACUGAUGGUGAUGGCAACAUCACCGAGGGGGCAGGGUAUAACAUUAUCUUCGUUAAAGAUGGAGCUCUUUAUACCGCAAAGAAGGGUGUUUUAGAAGGUAUUACGCGGAAAUCAGUGUUCGACGUCGCCGAGAAGGCUAAAAUUCCGAUCCAUCUCGACGAUGUUCCUGCUAGCCUGGCGUAUGUAGCUGAUGAGAUCUUUAUGUGCACUACGGCUGGUGGCAUUAUGCCAAUUACAAAGCUCGAUGGCGAGUCCAAGGGAGAGGUUGGACCUAUCACAAAAUUGAUCUGGGAUGGAUAUUGGGCAAUGCAUUAUGACCCAAGGUACACAGCCAAGAUUAGUUACGAGUAA